GGUCAACAAAAAGCGUGAUAAAUACUCCGUAUAACAUGGAUUUUUCAUGUUUUACGCUUCUGUUACUUGAACUUUAUCAAAUUGGGGCUCUACAGAGUUCCGACAGAUUUCUCUCUGCUUCUUCGAAUCGAAUUCUCAACUCUCAUCAAGCGAGAAACUUUGUUCGGUUUGAUCUUGGACGUCAAGUUAUCAUCAAAUUCCAUGCAGGGAUGAGUUUCGAAAGGUAAUUUUCUCAUUUUCGUUUUCGGAUGCUUUUCAAUUCUUAGGCGUUUUCCCCUGUUUCUGCUCUCCGAUCAGUUCUGUUUCGCCCGAGUCCAAGCUAGUGGAUCUCCAUGUUUUCCGGCUGAAGGCUUCCCUGACGACGCCGGCGAAGAGAGUUCCCAACUUCAUUGUUUGUUUAUGCGGCGUGUCUUUCUGUGUAGCGUUAUUGCUCGAUCUCUUUAACUCAAACUUUAAUUAAUUGUUUGAUACUUCGUAUUAAGUUUUGGACCAUUGGUUGUUUGAUUUUGAUUGAUCAAUUCCGUGUUCUGAUUGAUGUGUUCAUGUGGUUCUUUUUUGUUGUUUUAGGCCAUUCCGAUGGGAUGUGUCUUAGUAUCUAAUUUCAGAUUUCACUAUUUUAACACUACAUUCAUAAAGUUUCAUUUUUUAGAUAAUUAAGAACCCGUUUGGUAACACUGAAAUCGGAUGAAUCGGUUGUUUCUGCUGAUAUUUAUGAAGUUCUGGCUGAAGUGACUGUAUUGACUGAUUCUGUUGGUUUAUGAAAAAUUAUAUAUAAAAUAUACGUAUUUUAUUAAUAAAAUAAAGAAAAAAAUAUAUUAAAAAAUAGCUAAAAUAACACAAACCUUACUUUUUCUUAUUAUUACACAAUUCAGAGCGCGAAAUCAAAAUUCACGUGUUUGGUGAAAAUGUUGAUUGAUAAGCCUGAUAAGCCGAAAAACAGGCUGACCAAACGGGCUCUAACUUUCCUAAACAUGCAAUCAACGAUUACCAUUUUAUUUUAAUACUUGUAUCAUGUCAUCUUGCUAAAAAUGCUACCUUGAAAUUCAUUGUUCCAUUUUAGCAGUGUACAAUCAUUCUCUUUAUUGUGUUUGGCUUUUUUAUACUCCCUCAGUCUAGGUUGGACAAAUUUCUUUUUUUGGAUGUUCCAAAAAGAUUUGUCAUUUCCAUUUAAAGCAAAGAAUAUGUGUUUAAAAUUAAUUCUCUAUCCUCUGCACAAAUUUCAAUCACACAGUUUUUACUUUAUUAAUCUACGUGAAAGUCAACUUUGACCAACCUUUUCGGGACGGAGGGAGUAGCAUCUAUCGAUCCCUAUCAUAGUACUCCGUAAAAAAUUUAAAUGUGAUUAUUUUUAGAUAAAGUUAUUUGUACAACUAUUUCAAACUAUUCAACUCUUUUGCUCAAUUUUUGAUGGUCUAUAGUUCAUAAUUUUAUUACUUAUUUUUGUGACAUGUGGAAACGUCAUGAAUGCGAGAUCACCGCGGACAAAUGUCUUGGCCUUAUAAUUGUCGCCACACCAUGAAAACUACUACCUGGAUCCCUCUGGUCACAAUUCGGGUCUCGGACAUGGUCGCUCCUCCAAUCGCACUCGUCAGUCAUGCCAGUUUGGCCCCACCUCAUCCCCGCAUGAUAGUUCUACCCAGCACUGUGAGCUUGGUCCUGGAUGAAGCCACCUCCAUGAUAACAGCCUUGGUGGGGUUCCUUCGUGCCCAUACCCCACACUUCCUGGUUCCACCGGCCUCGCACCCCAUUCCUCAAAUUCCGCAAAGAUUAUGGCCCCAUGACCGCAUCAGGCUAAUACUGCCAUUAAUGUUUAAUAUUGCUUCCACCAUGCACAUUGUGUCUCUUACACCUCUGGGUGACAAUUGGUAUAGGGACACCGAUGCUACUUCUCAUAUAAUAUCCACUCUAGGAUCUUCACACGAGAAUACCAAUCAUGUGAUGUAACAGCUCAAGCGGUUUGUAUCCUAUGGGUCUAUUCAACACCUCAUCACUGCCAUCAACACUUCUGCUCCAUGUUGUGACUAGCGACACCUGGCACAAUCGACUCUAUCACCCCGGAGAUACCAUUUUUAGCAAGAUUAGAACACACAAAAUUGUUCAUUGUAAUAUAAUUUGUUUAACUCAAUGUAUUUCCUAUGAACUUGGUAAACAUAAUAAAUUACCAUUUCAGCAUUAUAUUUUAUGUCUACUACAUCCCUUCCGUUUGACAUAAUACAUAGUGACAUUUAGACAUCCCCUCUCUUUAGUCCACUUGGG